UGCAUCAGUCUCUUCUCAAAAGAGUUAACUUCAUUAAGUACCAAGAUGGCAAGUAGCAAGCCCAUCGGAUCACGCAGUGCCAUUCCGCCGACGAACCCUGCCCUACUGCGCGGCAACCCUAACGCCGAGCUGGAUCCACGAGACCACCAGGCCAAAUCCCAGGAGAAAGACCAGAUCGUGGGGCUGAACAACAAAUUCGUGAAUUUCAUCGAGAAGGUUCAACACCUUGAGCGGCAGAACAAGGUUCUGGAAACCCGGCUGAAGAUCCUGCUGGAGCAGGAGAGCUACAAGGGCAACAUCGAUGACAUCGUGGAUGAGCUCACCAAUAACUUGCAGCGACAGGUGGAGGGGCUGGCCGUGGACCGCCAGAAGCUGCAGUCCGAACUGGACCGCACUCAGGACGAUCUGGACCACAAAAAGAGAACGUAUGAGGAUGAGAUCCUAAAGAAGACCGAGGCGGAGAACGAUUUUGUGAUCACCAAGAAGGACGUGGACGAUGCCUACCUGCAGAAGGUGGACCUGGAGCUGGAGCUGGAGGAUCUGUUGAGCGAGCUGGACUUCCUGAGGCGUGGCUAUGAUGAGGAAAUUAAGGAGCUGCAGUCCCAGAUCCAGAACACCACAGUGGUCCUGGAGGUGGACAAUGCACGGGCCCUGGACAUGAACGAGAUCGUGCAGGAGGUCAAGGCUCAAUACGAGGACAUGGCAGCCCGUGGGCGGGAGGAGGCCGAACGCUGGAAUAAGAAGAGGAUGAAUGACAUGACCGCGGAGGCAGGAAAGCAUGAGCACGAGCUGCGGGACAUCAGGAAGGAGAUUGCUGAGCUGCAGCGUCACAUCCAGAGAAUCAGCUCCGAGCUGGAGGCCCUGAAGAGACAGAAGGAGAACCUGGAGAAGGCCAUCAUGGACGCGGAGCAGCAGGGCGAACGGGCACGGGAGCAGGCCAAGGAGCAGAUCCGCAUGCUGGAGGAGGCGCUGAAGAAGGCCAAGCAGGACAUGGCGCGGCAGGUGCGCGAGUACCAGGAGCUCAUGAACGUCAAGCUGGCCCUGGACAUCGAGAUCGCCACCUACAGGAAGCUGCUGGAAGGGGAGGAAAUGAGACUUGCUAACCAGGACAGAGGUGCUCUUCGCCGUGACCCCAUUGAUCAGCUGGAUUUCUAAAACGCCCCCCAUGCCUUGCUUAUGCAGACAACCAGCGAAGUCAGGAGCCCCCUAAGGUCAGCCCUCUC